AUGUCUCAGAAUAUUGAUUAUGAAAAUCUUGACCUUGAAGCUAUCGACUUUGAUAAAAUUGAUUAUUCCGAUACAGAUUUUCUACUUCCAUUAGUUCAAAAAUCUCCAAAACCUGCUUUAACGGUAUUUCCUAUUGAAAUUUGGAUACAAAUCGUUUCUUACGUUAAUGAUAUUCAAACUUUAAAAAGUCUAAUUUUAACAUGUUCAGUAUUACGAGAAAUUUUAAAAGAACCAUUAAUAACACAGAUGGUCAAUUGCGAGCCAUUGAACAAAUUAUUUGAAUUGACUAAAGAAUGCAUAGGAAAGGAAAAAAAUGAUGAUAAAGAAAUUCAAAAAUUGGAUAUUAAAGAAAUUGUUUUAAAGAUGCAUAAAUAUGUUGAUAAAGUUGUCUACAGUGAAAGUGGCCCAUCUAAAUGGACUGAUGAUAUAUUUGAAUGGGAUGGAUACAAUGAAAAGUUGGAUCUUUCUGCUAAUCAAGAAGCAUUCAGACGUGAAGUUGGACGUAAAGGAAAAGCUAGAGCCAGAGCUUAUAUCGAAUGGGAAUUGAAGGUUGAAAAUGAGAAGAAAGUAUUGAAAAGAGAGUUAGCUAAAUGUUGGGCAGUUACUGGAAAGAUGUUUCCAUUUAGACCGAAUGUUGGCAAAGGUGAAGAAGAAUAUAAUAAAAGAGUUUUAACACCAUUUGUUACACCGAUGCAUUUUAACAAUGGAGCGUCUUUUGAAGGAUUACCACAUGAUGUAAUGACCAAUGUUAUGAUUAAAAUAUUGAAAAGAUUCUUUGGAAGUAAUGAAAAGGUAUUGAAGUUUCCUUGUGAUUUAAGUGGAUAUCAGAGGAAACGGUUGCAUCGACAAGCAGAAUUGCUUGGAGGAUUAAAAACUAUCAGUUUUGGUGAAG